UUGGGGAGAUGAAAAUGCAGAACCCUCAGGAGAACAUCUGUUUGAUAACGGACUGCAUGGCGUCCACCGCGUUAGAUGCAGCCAACCGCCACCGAAUUCCAAUGGCUUCUCUCUGGACCUCACUUACUGCCACUUAUGCCCUGCUCUAUAAUUUGCCCAAUCUCGUCUCCUCCUCUCUUCUCCCUUCAAAAGGAGUCCCCAAGGAUUGUACGAUGGUGAAAUACCUUCCUUCCAUGCCGCCUCUCUGCUCUGCACAGCUUCCUUGGGCUGUUGGAUUCAAUGAAACCCAGCAAGAGUUUAUCUUCCGCUUCAUUGAGCGUUACAUGGAAAGAAUGAGAAAGCUCAAAUGGGUAUUAUUCAAUUCUUUCUAUCAUCUGGAAGCCCCUGUAAUCGAUACCCUAAUCGCCCAAGGAGCUUCCCUAUGUUCAAUUGGUCCUUGUAUACCUUCUUCCCGUCUUAAUGGGGAAGUUCAUUCAGAAAUCACCGCGAACUUUUGGACAGAGGAAGCAGAAUGUUUGGAUUGGCUAGACAAGCAGUCUCAACAGAGUGUGGUGUACGUGUCAUUCGGAAGCUUGGCAAUAGUGAACCAGAGACAGUUGGAAGAAUUUGCGCUGGGUUUGGAGGCCACCCAGAAACCAUUUCUGUGGGAUCUGCGAAGCGAUCUCAUGGACGGGUCAAGCGCUAUACUUCCUCCAGGAUUCAUGGAAGCCACCAAAGAUCGGGUAUAUUUUGUGCCAUGGUGUCCACAGAUGCAGGUUCUUUCUCAUCCUUCUAUUGCGUGUUUCAUCACUCACUGUGGAUAG